AUGAUCAGCAUGACAAAGCACUGGGGGGGUCAGAGCCUGCUGGCACCACUCGCUCUCUCCUACCUGCGCUCUCCUAGCCUAGGAGGCCACCACGACCAUCAACUUGACUUCCAGAUCCAUCCUCUGAUUAACACAGCGCGGAGCUCUCCAGCCCAACACGGGCCUUACUACUCGACCCAGGUGCCAGUCCAACAGCCUCCACGGCUGGAAAAGCCUGUCCCUGCCCAGUUCAGCUGGGCCACAGCGCCCAUGGAUAAAGCGAUGCUGCCAAACCACCACGGACCGCCCGGAUCAUCCUACCAGCCGUCGCCCAAGCUCAACAAAGAUGGGCCGAUCAAGGAGGAAUCUUGGGACCAGAAGAAAAAUGCCAACAGUGUAAAGAAAAAAAACUAUCAACGCUACCCCAAACCACCCUACUCGUACCUCGCAAUGAUUGCCAUGGUCAUCCAAAACUCUCCAGAGAAGAAGCUUACGUUGUCUGAGGUAAAGUGAGUUUGUGUGUGGACAUGCGAGUUUAGAAUAAAUUGUACAUUUUGGCCAAAUUACGCACGGUUAUUUGUGUCAAUUUAGGCCAAAUCACGCAUGGUUAUUUGUGUACAUUUUGCUGUUUAAUAAUUUUUAUUUUCAUGUAUUAUUUAAGUUUCAGCAAAUAAAGUUGAUAUACUUUAUUCUUUAAAAAGUUAUAAUCGGGGAUGCUGUCUUAUCGUUCGAUUGCAUUAAACAGACAGAACUGUACAAUCAUUUGACUCUAAACAGAGUAAGCUAGUAACCUCUUGGCACACUUCAGUGACUGCCAUGCUUUUCUUGUUUUGUUUUGUUAAGGAUAGCAGCAUACAGUGAAACCAGACACUGUGAUGUAUCAGCUGGAGUUGGUUGAGUUGAUAAGAAAUAUAGUCAAGGAUAGCUCUCUGUGUAGGCUAUCCGUCCUACAGUUCAUCUUACGUUUUGCAUUAUAGGCCUAUGAAAAGGCUGCAAUCAUGUUUUCAAUCAUAUACAGUAUCUCUUUAAUAUAGUCUGUUAAUUUGUCUGUUUAAUGCAGACACCCAUUGAUGCAAGUUGACUCCUUUCUUAUUGUCUUUCCCCAGAUUCUAAAGGAGAUCAGUACACUUUUCCCUUUUUUCAAAGGGAACUACAAGGGCUGGCGGGACUCGGUACGACACAACCUCUCUUCCUAUGACUGCUUUGUUAAGGUGUGUCUUCUUUGUUAUGUCAAUCAGUGGGCUCAAAAAGGCACUCUUAUCCAGAGCGACUUACAGGAGCAAUUAGGGUUAAGUGCCUUGCUCAAGGGCACAUAUGCAGAUUUUUCAUCUAGUUGGCUCGGGGGUUUGAACUAGCGUCAUUUCAGUUACUGGCCCAAUGCGCUUAACCACUAGACUACCUGUGUAGCCUACCAAAAGCCACUGCAGUGCUUUAUGAAACAUUAGGUGGAGCAAAUCAUUCUAGCUAAUUCUGAGUUGUGUGAAACUGGGGAGAUCCUGUCUGACUGGUUUUCAGGUUGUACUAUACUCUUGAUCUCACCGCUGUCUGUCACUCCCGGUCCCUGUAGGUACUGAAGGAUCCUGGGAAGCCCCAAGGGAAGGGGAACUUCUGGGCCGUGGAGGUGAGCCGGGUGCCCGUUGAGCUCCUCAAGAGGCAGAACACUGCUGUGUCACGCCAAGAUGAGACCAUCUUCGCCCAGGACCUCGCCCCUUACAUCCUGCAUGGGCACCAACAUAAGCCAAAUGCGCAGCCCCCGGCCCCCCCACCACCAAUCAUUGUUCUACCCCGAGGACCCAUCACAACUCCCCCCCCCGGCCCUCCUUUCACCGCUCUACCCCCCAUGCCCACCAGACAACUCUCCCCCUCUCAGGAGGACCUGUACCGGCCCAAGCUGGACUCAUCCUUUGCCAUCGACUCCCUUCUCCACAGCCUGAGGCCGGCCAGCGACGCAGGAGAACCCGACAGGGACAGGAACUGCUGGGGGGUGGAGCCCCACACUCGCCCCUCCCCUCCUCCAUGCUCUCGCUACUCCUCCUCCGCCCGCAGCGCCUCAGCGAGCUCCGUCAGCCCCGCCUCCUCAUCCGAUGAGGACUGGAGGGGCGUGUCGCAGGGCGGGAAGAGGGUGCCCGAGGGCGAGGCGGGAUCAGACGGGUACGAGGACUGCAGGCCCCCUCCACACAAGGCUGCCCGCCGAGGCUGCACCCCUCCCUGGGAACUUCCCACUUCAUAUGCCAAGUACACACCGCCCAAUGCUGUGGCCCCGCCCAGCAUGCGUUUUAACGGGGGCCCACUGAUGCCACUGGGGAUGCCUCUGUAUGGUUACGGAGGGUCUCCUGUCACAUCCAGCCAUUUUGUAGGUCAUGCCUACUGGCCCCUCUUACCCAGCGGGCACCCUCCCCUCAUUAUGGACCUGGACACUAUGCUCCAGUCAGUACCGCCCAAUAAGAGUGUGUUUGAUGUGCUGGGUCCGGCCAAUCAGUCAUCGCACCAGUCUGCUGGUCAGUAUACCCUGCAGAGCGGACCCCCUCUCAGACGGUAUCCCCAUUAUUGA